GUCUGUGCUCUUCACAAUGUUUCACCUCUGAUUUAUCUCCCGCUACGAGGAGACUGAAGUUAGCUUUGUGUUCAAAAUGUCUAAAGUCCAAAUGCUGAGAGCGUCGGUGAAUCAGAGACUAACUGCGGCUGCUGAAGAGAUAUUUGUGCUGUUUGAAAGAACGAUAGCAGAGUACGAGGAGGAACUUUCUCGAUCUAAAGAGGAGAACAAGCGACAACGCAAACUACUGGACGCUGUUUUCAAGCCUCAACUUCAGAUACACAACGCAGAUGUGCAAGAAGUGAUCAUUGGUGAAGAAGAUAAGCAGGAGACACUCUUCAACGUGAACCAAGACCCAGAUCCUCCACACAUUAAAGAGGAACAGGAGGAAGUCUGCACCAGUCAGGAGGGAGAGCAGCUUCAAGGACUGGAGGAGGUUGAUAUCACCAAGUUCACAUUCACUCCUGUUCCUGUAAAGAGUGAAGACGAUGAAGAGGAACCUCAGUCCUCACAUCUUCAUCAAAGACUAACUGAGGAGAUAAAAACAGAAGCUGAUGGAGAGGACUGUGGAGGAUCAGAACCAGACAGGAACUCACAUCCAGAUACACAUUUACAAUCUGAUACUGAUGACAAGACUUCAGACUCUGUAAAGACUGAGACUUCAGACCAUGAUGAAUGGAAUGAGACCAGUGAACCUGUAGUAGUGAACUGUGAGCAGAGUUGUAAUGAGGUGGAACCAUUCAGCUGCUCUGAGUGUGGUAAGAGAUUUAGCCAAAAGGGACACCUGAUCAUCCACCGCAAAAUUCACAUAGAGGAAAAACCUUUCAAUUGCUCAGUUUGUGGUAAAGGAUUAGUAAGCAAGGGGUCUCUUACAAGACAUGUGCGAAUUCACACAGGAGAAAAACCCUUUAGUUGCUCAAUUUGUGGUAAAAGAUUUGUAUUCAACGAGUCUCUUAGGAAACACAUUAGAAUGCACACAGGAGAGAAACCCUUUACUUGCACACUUUGUGGUAAAUCUUUUACUCAGUCAGGUCUGCGCUACCACCUGAAAGUUCAUACAAGAGAAAAACAAUUUAGUUGCUCAGUUUGUGGUAAAAGAUUCAACCGGGAGAUGACCUUGCAGCUUCACAUGAGAACCCACAAAGGAGAGGAAACAUUUAGCUGCUCUGAAUGUGGUAAACUAUUUGCUUUAAAAAUAUAUCUUAAUAAACACAUGAAAAUCCACACAGGAGAGAAGCCAUUCAGCUGCUCUGAGUGUGGUAAGACAUUUAGCCAAAAAGGACACCUGCUCAUCCACCAGAGAAUUCACACAGAAGAAAAACCUUUCGGUUGCUCAAUUUGUGGUAAAAUAUUAAAGCGGGGGUCUAUUAAGAGACAUAUGAUGAUUCACACAGGAGAGAAACCCUUUAGUUGCUCAGUUUGUGGUAAAGGACUUGUACGCGAAGUGUCUCUCAGGAGACAUAUGAAAUUUCACACAGGAGAAAAACCUUUUACUUGUAUAGCUUGUGGUAAAACAUUUGUAUGCAAGAAGUCUCUUAAGAGACAUAAGCUAACUCACAAAGGAGAGAAACCCUUUACUUGCACAAUCUGUGGUAAAUCGUAUACUGAGUCAGGUCUGCGCUCCCACAUGAAAAUUCAUGCAAGAGAAAAAGAAUGUAGUUGCUCAGUUUGUGGUGAAAAGUUCAAUCAGGAGGUGACUUUACAGCUACACAUGAGAACCCACACAGGAGAGGAAACAUUUAGCUGCUCUGUAUGUGAUAAACUAUUUGAUUCUAAAAGACGCCUGCAGAGGCACAUGAGCAUCCACUGA